GCGAGCAGAGGUGAUGCUGCAGUAGCAGAUGUGCAGUCAGUCUGUAAUGAUGAGGCUGAAAACGACGUGAGGGACGCUGUUGACACACUUUGUGUGUGUGGCACACAGUUUUUCAGGAAGUCAAGAAAGCGAAGGCAGUAGACGACAUGUUUUUGACCGUAUUAACGUUUUUUUUUUCCCAGCAGCUAAACGGGACUUGUAACAGCUUCCUGUUGAUGACCGUGGAGGUGGAUCGACGUGUCUGCACUAACGGGUCGCGAUGCUAACUCGCUAGCUUGAUCUUUCAUGUUUGUUCCUCUUAGAUGUUAUUGUUACGUUGCAAUUUAGAUAAGACGGACAAAACUCUUCCUCAUUCGCUUCGGGUUUUUUUUUUUUCUAACCAGAUUAUUGCAAAGCGACUUGACUUUAAGAAGCUUUCUGCUGAUUUAGUAAGUGACUGCUAGCUAAAAAUGAGUGGAGCUGAUUAACAAAACAUGGGUUUUAUGUGGAUGGAGGCAUGUAGCAGGGAACAUGUGAAUGAUUAACCAAACAGUUUGAGGUUAAUAGGAAACAGUUGGGGGAUGUCAAGCUAUUUGCAUGCAUCUGUUGUUUUAAAGCGGAAAACUUUUGCGUACUGGUAGCUACAUAGUUAAAACAUAUUAAGUAAUGGUAUAAAUAAAAGUGAAAUCCUGUUAGGUGGUCUCCUAAUCUAAUCAAACCUGAUCUAGUUUAAUAGGAACAGUAAACUAUAUCAGUUUUUUUCUUGUUUUAUUAAAUAGAUCUCGUUUUUUUCAGCUCCUACUUGGGUAAAAUGAGUCUCAGUUUGCCCGUAAAGCGCUGUCACCUUUAGGGUUUAGCUCUUAACGAUCAACCAUGCGCCUCUCGACGUUUUUGGCCCUCUUCAGGCCUGCUUUGCCCCUCAUCCUGGGGCUGUCUCUGGGGUGCAGUCUCAGCCUUCUAAUGGUGUCCUGGACGCAAGGGGACACGGACGACCCCUGCAGAGACGAGCUGGCCAAAGGUGGGCUCUUCCUGGGCAGAAGAGACGCUCAGAGAGGAGGGAGAGAUGGAGCUGGAGAGGAGGAUUUCCAGCCACGAAUAGUUCCCUAUCACAAGGACCCAAACAAACCACACAAGAAAGUCCUCAGAACUCGAUACAUCCACACUGAACUGGGCAUCCGAGAGCGGCUGCUGGCGGGCGUCCUCACGUCUCGGGCCACCCUCGGCACGUUAGCCGUGGCAGUGAACCGCACGGUCGCCCAUCACUUCCACCGAACCUUUUUCUUCACGGGCCUCCGGAGCCCCAAGGUGCCACACGGCAUGACCGUGAUCGCCCACGGCGACGACCGGCCGGUGUGGCUGAUGUACGAGACGGUGCGGCACCUCCAUCAGCACUACGGCUCGGAGUACGACUGGUUCCUGUUGGCGCAGGAUGACACUUACAUGCAGGCGGACCGCCUGUCAGAGCUGGUGGGUCACCUCAGCGCGGGUCAGGACCUGUACAUGGGCAGGGCUGAGGAGUUCAUCGGCGGGGAGGAGAAAGCCCGUUACUGCCAUGGCGGCUACGGCUACCUUCUGUCCCGCAGCUUGCUGGCGCGACUGCAGCCGCACCUCGAUACCUGCCGCAACGACAUCCUGAGCGUGAGACCAGACGAGUGGCUGGGCCGCUGCAUCAUCGACUAUCUGGGUCUGAGCUGCGUGGAGGUGCACCAGGGGAUGAAGUAUCGCUACUUUGAGCUGGGGAAAAACGCAGAUCCAGAGCGAGAGGACAGCGUUGCGUUUAAAAACGCCUUCACAGUUCAUCCCGUAUCGGACCCCAACCUCAUGUACCGUCUGCAUAAGCGCUUCAGCCAAAUAGAGCUUCAGUGGACUUACCAGCAGAUUUACGAUCUACAGAUGCAGAUCAGCAACCUGAGCCACUUGACCCCUGAGGGUAAGGCUGGGGUCACGUGGCCAAUCGGCAUCAACUCCCCCUUCAAACCCAAGACCCGCUUCGAGGUCAUAAACUGGGAUUACUUCACAGAGGAGCACAUUUACUCCUGCACGGACGGCUCGCCCAAAUGUGAGAUGAGAGGAGCUGACCGAGCCGACGUCAGCGCCAUAUUGGAGGUCGCCGUGGAGCGGCUCAACGAGCGAUACCAGCCGCAGCUCCGCUUCCGCAAGCGGCGCCUGCUCAACGGGUACAGGCGCUUCGAUCCCAUGCGUGGGAUGGAGUACAUACUGGAUCUGGCGCUGGAGGCUUUCACCCAGAAAGGUCACAGCCAGGUCAUUGCCAAAAGGGUCAACCUGUUGCGACCUCUGAGCGCUGUCGAGAUUAUCCCCAUGCCUUACGUGACGGAGGCAACACGGGUGCAGGUCAUCCUGCCGGUCACCGCCCAGGAUCAGGAUUACGUGGGUAACUUCCUGGACAUGUACGUGACGAACACCCUGGACACGCACGAUAACGUUUUACUGACCUUCCUGUUCAUCUACGACCCCUUCGACGCCCAGAGAGUCAGCCAGAGCGACGUGUUCGCCGGGGUCAAGUCGAUGAUUGGCGAAGUGGAAAAACGUUACGGCGACGUGAAGAUUCCCUGGAUCAGCGUGAAGACGGAGGUUCCCUCACAGGUCAAGCUGAUGGACAUCAUUUCCAAGAAGCACCCUGUCGACACGCUUUUCUUCCUGUCGAGUGUUUGGACCGAGGUCAACGCGGACUUCCUGAACCGCUGCCGAAUGAACGCCAUCAGCAACUGGCAGGUUUUCUUCCCCGUCCAUUUCCAGGAGUUCAACCCCGCCGUCAUCUACCGCGACCAACAGCCGUCCGCCUCCUCCACCUUCGCCUCGGAGUCUCUUCGUGAUGGCCACUUUGACCGCCACGUCUUCGACGAAGCCUGCUUCUACAACGCCGACUACAUGAGCGCACGCACCAAGAUGGCGGCCGACAUUUUAGAGAACGAGGAGCUAAUGGAGAGCAUGGACGUUUACGACAUUUUCGUGCGUUACUCCGGCUUGCAUGUGUUCCGGGCCGUGGAACCGGCGCUGAUCCAAAAGUACGUGCGGCGGGCGUGCAACCCGCGGUUCAGCGAGGACAUCUACCACCGCUGCGUGCUUAGCAACCUGGAGAGUCUGGGGUCGAGGUCACACCUCGCCAUGGCUCUGUUUGAGCAGGACCAGGCCAACAGCACAUAAAACACUGGUUUAAUGCCGAUAACUGUGGAUUUAAUCCACUUUUUCUGGAAACUUCACGGUACAAAGAUGUCAGGAUCAAUUAAAAAAAACUCAAUAAUAACAACCUUAACUGUUUACUCCUCGCAGCUGAAAGUAUCCCUGCUCAUUACGGGAACUUUUGACUUUUACUUUUGUACCUUUUAAAUGUGUCACGUCUAGACAGCGAUGAAUCAUAGAUGCUACUCUGAUUCCUGCUGUUUGCAUUCUCAGCCUCUGAGACGGUAUUUAUAUAUUUAGGCGUAUUUCAGUAUCUGUAACAUAUAAACAAAGGCCUUCUUUGUUAAUAAUCAUUGGAAAGAAAAUCACUUGAGCCAUAAGUCUUCCAUUGUGGAGAUGUUCAGAUACUGGAAACAAGCUGAAGCCAUUGGCUGCCUUUUUCUUUAGUAAAUUUUCUUUUUUUUUUGUAAGAGGUAUUAAAGAGUAAAAUUUA